AUGUCUUACGCUGAUCUCAAGGACAAAGUCUUCUUCAUCACGGGCGCUGCCUCUGGGCAAGGUCGUGCAACCUCCCUCGCCCUCGCUCGUCAAGGUGCAAAGCUUGGCCUGCUGGACCUGAACGACCCCCAAGAAGUCAUCACCGAGAUUGAAAAGAUUGGCAGUCAGGCCAUUGGAUUUAAAGUCAACGUGACCGACUCUGCAGGAAUUGAAGCCGCCGUUAAAGCGACGAAAGAGAAGUUUGGAAAGAUCGACGGUGCAGCCAAUCUGGCUGGAUGGAUCGGAACUCAGGGGUUCAAAGGAAGAGGAUACGCAUUGGAUGUUAUCAAGGACGAGGAAUGGGAUUUGAUGAUGGCGAUCAAUCUCAAUGGUAUUCGGAACAGCUUAUCAUCAGAGCUGAGGCAUAUUAGCGACAAUGGUAGCAUUGUGAACGUCGCUAGUAUUGCUGGACAGCGGGGAUCUCCAUGGAAUGCUCCGUACGGGGCCGCUAAAUGGGGUGUGAUUUCCUUGACCAAGUCAGCUGCACAGGAGGCUGGGUCAAGAAACGUCCGGGUUAACGCAGUAGCUCCUGGCGUUGUUGAUACACCUCUUGCUACUGCUCUUGGUGACGCCGACGUGGUUUUCCAGAGAAUGGUCUCAAAGAGUGCACUUCAACGACUUGCUCAACCAGAGGAAAUCGCUAGUUGCAUCUUAUUCUUGCUAAGUGAAUCAUCUAGCUUCGUCUCAGGAAGUGUCCUCAAUGCAGAUGGUGGCUUCCAGUAG